CUCUACGACAGGACAGGCGACAGGCUGAGUUGAACACGAUAAAACGCUAACCUCUGUCAUGUUUAUGUAUUUAGGAGUAAUAUAAAAUGUUUGGUUUUAAAUUUUAAAACGAUAUUUUGACUUCAAUUUUUAAAGAGUGAAUCAAUCUAAAUGGCUCCUUUAGAGUCAACUAAUAACAACGGUAAUGAGGAACCUGGUCCAAUAAAUCCAAUUGUGGGGAUCAUUUAUCCACCACCAGAGGUGAGAAAUAUCGUCGACAAAACUGCAAGUUUUGUUGCUAGAAAUGGUCCAGAAUUUGAAGCUCGUAUUAGACAAAAUGAGUUAGGAAACCCUAAGUUUAAUUUUUUAAACAGUGGGGAUCCUUACCAUUCCUACUAUCAACAUAAAGUUAAAGACUUUAGGGAAGGAAAAGGGCAAGAUCCUUCCUCUGGAUUAACUCAAGCCGUCUCAAAACUUUCUGUUACUGCAUCAGCUCAACAGAAACAGCAGGAAAUUUUAAAGCAGGUAGAACAGCCUUUUAUACCUAAGGAAACACCUGCAGAAUUUGAAUUUAUAGCUGAUCCACCAUCAAUUUCAGCUCUGGAUUUAGAUAUUGUUAAGCUUACAGCUCAAUUUGUAGCUAGAAAUGGUAGAGCUUUUCUAACACAAUUGAUGAACAGAGAACAAAGAAAUCUACAGUUUGAUUUUUUGAGACCCCAACACUCAUUAUUUCAAUACUUCACCAAAUUACUGGAACAGUAUACAAAGGUUCUUAUUCCCCCAAAAAGUAUGCAUGAGAGCCUGCGAAAUGAGGCUAAUAGUCCGAAAAAUGUAUUAGAGCAAGUCAAAUAUCGUGCAGAAUGGUUGAAGUAUCAAGAGCAACAAAAAGCUAAGGAAGAGGAACUUUUAGAGCGAGAACGGGUUGCCUAUGCACAAAUUGACUGGCAUGAGUUUGUAGUCGUCGAAACGGUUGACUACCAACCCUUCGAAAUUGGAAAUUUUCCGGCUCCAACUACCCCUGAAGAAGUCGGAGCCCGCAUUUUAAUUCAAGAGAGAAUAGAAGAAGGUGAAGAUAUCGAAAUGCAACUAGAGAGUGAUGAGGAAGAACCACCAGUUACGGAAUCUGGUUUAAGUAGUAUGCAGGACAAAACCAAUCGGAAGACACGCGACGACACCAGAAUUCAAGACAUGGAAGAAGAAAGUUCCGAUGAAGAGAAAGGAGAAGACGACGAGGAAUUAAUUAUACCUCCGCCACCACCGUCUAUUCAACCACCGUUACCCCCUAUUCCCGAUAAAGUUGUCGUGAAAAAAUAUGAUCCCAAACAAGCUGUCAAUGUUAGCCGACCAACAAUCGGAGAUGAUUAUCUCGUGUCACCCAUCACUGGAGAGAAAAUACCUGCUAACAAAGUGCAAGAACAUAUGCGUAUUGGUCUGUUGGAUCCGCGUUGGGUAGAGCAGCGUGACAAACAAAUAACGGACAAAAUGAACCAAGAAACGGUAUAUGCUGCUGGUAGUGCCAUCGAUGCUUCAUUGAAACUGCUCGCUGAGAGACGUACUGAUAUUUUUGGUGUUGGUGAUGAAGAAACAGCUAUUGGUAAGAAGAUUGGCGAAGAAGAUGUUAGAAAAGAUGAAAAGGUAACUUGGGAUGGGCAUACGAGCAGCGUUGAAGCCGCUACAAGAGCUGCUAGAGCUAAUAUCACCUUGGAGGAACAAAUUCAUCAAAUACACAAGGUAAAAGGUUUGCUUCCUGAUGAAGAGAAAGAGAAAAUCGGCCCAAAGAAUAUAGGUUCAAAAUCUGGUAAAAUCAACAUACAAAGCGUAAUUACUACGAAGCCACCUACUGCACUUCCACCAAAACCACCAGUCUCUUUAAUUCAAACUCAAGCAACUGCGUCGCUGAUAUCAGUACCUCCACAACCUAUGCUACCACCUCAACCUCCUAUUAUGAUGAUGUCAGCUGCAUCUAUGCCUCCAAUUAGACCACCUCCAAUAAUGAUGACAGGACCUCCACCAAUACCUGGUUUUCCUGUAGCACCAAUGUCCUCGCCUAUGGGUCCGCCUAUGAAUCUGCCCCCAAUAAAACAUCAGGCGGACGCGCCUCACGAAGAUGAACCGAGUAACAAAAAGAUGAGAAACGAAGAUUCGCUUAUACCCGAAAAAGUAUUUUUAGCAAGACAUCAAAGCCAAGUGGCCAUUAAGAUUUCGAUUCCUCAUAUGCCAGAAAAAUCUGAAUGGAAGCUGACAGGUAAAAUGAUUUCGUGGACUGUACCGCUUGCCGAAUCUGUAGCGAAUUUAAAGGCGAAACUGCAGGAAGAAACUAAUAUGCCUCCAGCCAAACAGAAGUUAUUUUUUGAUGGUAUGUUCUUUAAGGAUUCCAACAGUUUAGCAUACUACAACGUGACUACUGGUUCAAUCAUUCAGCUACAGAUUAAGGAGAGAGGAGGAAGGAAAAAAUAAUAUGAAUUAUAUUUAUUUAGUUAUUAACCUCAGUGUAUAUGAAAAAUAAAUUCAAUCAAAU